UCUAUUUAUAUAAAAAAGAUAUUAUUGAUUUCAAAACAUCAACCAAUAUUAAAAUAAAUCUACAUGUUGUUGUGCAAAAUUAACAUGUAAAUCUUGCAACAUUUGGAACGAUUUUGGGAUGUGAUCGGGCUAUUAAAAAUGAACUGCGAAUAAAAACAUGAACAGCCUUCAGCUGGCGUCACAUACAAUUUCAAGCAUCUGUGAAUCGUUGUUGUUAUAUUUUAUUUUUGAUUACUCUCAAAGAUUAUGUGGUUCACAAUUCUCAUACACAACGAUUGUAGAUAAUGAACAGAAUAUUUGAAUGAAUGCAAAAAUGUGCGCAAAAAGGGGAGUAUUCUUUAAAACUACGUCAUUCUGUUAUUAUGAAUUUUAACAAUGCCAAAAUGUACAGAAUUAAUGAGCUGACCGAAUAAUGAAUUAAUGAAUUUCUAGACGUUCCAGUAAAACAUUUAAAUUGUCAAUAUGAAUUUCGGUUGGAUUUCGCUGCCAUUUCGUGCAAUUAUCAUAACGUUCAUUAUAGUAAACGAAGCUAAUUCCAUCGUUUGUUCGAAAUUGCCGUGUUAUUUCUUCGAUUCAAUUAAUAUCACCGAUGGAAUACAUAAAUCGGAUCGAAGCAUCCUAUUUGAUGGCAUCAAUUUUCCUUACGAUCAAUAUGCAGUAUUAAAUUACAUCAUUGACAAUGGCGAAAGAAAAAAGGCCGAAUCACAUUUUCGUGGUUGUCUAUGCAAUAUCAAGGAAUGUUUUCGACUCUGCUGUUUGGAUAAAUUAAUGGAAGAAACCACAAUCAAUUUGGAUUAUAAUUGCAACGAAGAGUUAACGGAAAUGGAAGGCGAAGUUGUUGGUGAUAAACAGAAAUUUGUCAAUCUGUAUUUGGGCGAGCAACCAACAAAUGUGAAAAACAGAACGUGCAAACAAUUUUAUAUCGAAGAAGAGAUAAAACUCCAAAUCGCUAACGCUGGAAAAAUACUGCCGCAAAAUAAAACAACUAUUCGAGGAUACUGUCAAAACAGAAUGAAUGAUGAAACUGAUGAAAAUGACCUGAAUGUAUCCAUUUGUAUUGAUUGGGUUGAAAAUAUUACAGAAAACAACGACACAAAAGUAUUUCUUGAUUAUAUUGAACACAUAUCUAUGAUUUUAUCUGUGCCAUUUUUAAUUACCACAUUCCUCGUUUACCUGUGUCUACCAGAUUUGCACAAAAAUUUACACGGAAAAUGCUUUUUGUGCUAUCUGAUUUGUCAAGCAGUUUGUUUCAUUUUGGAAAUUUUGAGUUUCAAUAAAACUUUGGAUUCAUAUUGGGAACCACUUAUGAUUUACUUAUUUCUAUGCGCUUUUCAAUGGCUGAAUGUGACCGCGUUCGAUGCAUGGUGGAAUUUAAGGGAUUUCAGAAAUAUAAACAAAAUCGAUAAAUCAACGGAGAGACGGCGAUUCAUAUGGUAUAUGCUGUAUGGAAUUAUAUCGCCAUUUUUGCUAAAUAUUUUCCAGCUAUUUUCGGACAUACUGAAGUCUGUAAAUGUUGAUCCAGACAAAGUCGACGAAUUGGAGGUGGCUGGUUUUAUUUGCACCACAUUCACAAUUAAUGUAAUAUUCUUCAUUUUAACGGCGUGUCAAAUUUGCCGAGUCAAACAGGAAAUGUACAAACUUACGUCGCAUGAGGAUAGCUUCCGGCAUCAAGCUAAAUUUAAUACUGCCAAAGGAAAUUUCAGAAUGUACUUACGUCUUUUCAUCGUGAUGGGAAUGACUUACAGCAUAUCUGGUAUAUCGUACUUAAUUUGGAGAUCUAGCAUUUUUUCGGAGUGGACCGAAAUAAUACUAUCGCUGCAAGGGGUUUGGAUUUUUAUUCUAUUCGUACUGAAGCGACGCGUAUUUCAUUUAAUCAAACAAAGAUGGGAAGGUUGGAAUGGAAUUCCAGCGAAAAAAGGUUCCAGAAAUGACUCCGGGAAUGAAUCAAAUUCCAGAUUAAGAUCACAAACACCUAUUUAACCCUUAACCGGGCAGGUCAAAAUCAUAACGUUAUCGGGCAAGUGGAGCCUCUGCGGCCCGACGUACCUUUUCCGUGCAAAUUCAAUGAAAAAUUGUUUUUUCUUUUUUCAAAUUUCAUUGAAUUUAU